UAACUGCAAAAGAAGAGUUUGGGAUAAAAAAAGACAACUUCCUUCCACAAAUCGUAUACAGGAAAUGGACAACGUGGCUCAGAAGAUGACAGGUCUCCAAUUAAACUUUCGGCCCAUCAUGGAGCCGCUAGGUUUCAUCAAAGUCCUGGAAUGGAUUUUUGCAAUCUUUGCAUUUGCAACUUGUGGUGGGUAUAGCGGUAAAAGUGUAAUAUCAGUUUUCUGCAGAGACGGACCAAAUGCCACCUUGAAUGCCACUAUCAGUUACCCAUUCAAGUUAAACCAAGUUGUGCUUGUUCCUAAUAAAAUGGAUGUAUGCAAUAGAACUCUACAGGAAACACACCUAGUUGGGGAUUCCUCGUCAUCUGCAGAGUUCUUUGUUUCUGUGGCUGUCUUUGCAUUUCUUUACUGUAUUGCUGCCCUCGUGUUGUAUGUUGGAUAUUUGCAUGUUUACAAUGAAUCAAACCGUGGGCCAAUGAUAGACUUCAUCGUGACGUGUCUUUUUGCCUUCUUUUGGCUGGUCAGCUCUUCAGCCUGGGCACAAGGCCUUCGAAACAUUAAGACUUCAGUAGGUACUGAGGGAAUCCGGGAGGCAUUGUCUGCUUGUAAAGAAGAUGGUAUCACUUGUGCUGUUACAUCAUUUGCUAAUAUGGGAGGUCUGAGUAUCUCAGUGGCGUUUGGCUUUCUGAACUUGAUUCUUUGGGUAGGAAAUGCAUGGUUUGCAUUCAAGGAAACUAGCUGGCACACCCCCCCACAGACAGGCUCCACCACUCAGCCGAGUUCUGAAAGUGUGUCUGCACCGCCACGGAUGUAGGUCACAUUGGGAAAUGAAGAGAGACCUCCAAAUUAUUUUUGUGGCAGAGAAGGGGAAGAAACAAAUAAAUAUACAUCAGGUGUACAUUUCGAAAAGUUUCUCUUUAAAAAUAAGUUUCUCAUGAAUAUAUUGGGAAACAUAACUGAAGUAAGUUUCAAUAUACUCGCCAUUAUAACAAGACUUUUUGUGGAAUGUUUGAAGAUAAUUUUUACCUAAAGCUUAAAAAUUCACUACGUUAUUAUUAAUGUUUGUGAUUUAUGAGCAAUGUUUUCAUUGCAUCAUUCAGAUUUACUUGACUGUUCUUUGUUGCCUUUGAAGUUUGUGAAGAAAAUGAAUGAAAGCAGCUGUUUUGCAUAGUAAUUUGAUAUUCUCUCGCUUAAUAAGUGCUGCACGCAUUUGUCAGUAUUUCAUAAAACAGCUUCGCAGAAUUGUUAUAUGUUCUAAGAAGAAGAAAACAUUUUGUAUUCAGUAGUAUGUUGCAGAAAUAGAUGCACCAAAAAUGUAAAAUUAAAUCGUGUGUCUUGGCAUGUUGUGUUUUUUGGGUUCCACUAGGCUGUGCUGAAUUUGUUCUGUAAAAAGCCGAUGAUCAGUUUUUGUGUACUUAUUGAUUUCUUUAUAUUUACUCAUGUCACUUUCUGGUUUAUUGCACCUGGAAAAAAGUGUAUGUAGAGGUUGUCAAAAUACAUAUAAAUCUGUUAUGUAUUAAAGCAGUAAUCCUU